AUGUCGAAGCCCCUCCGUGUUGGAUGGCACCGCGAGCACUUCCUUUCGCCGCUUUUGCAAUUCGCAGCGGAAGACAAGGGGGAGACGUUCGAGCUCGUCGAAUGUCCAGGUGGGACAGGGGAGAUGCAGGUGAAGAUGAAAGAGGGGGAAAUUGAUGUCUGCAUAGCAUUGACAGAUGCGUUGAUUGCGGGCUUGGCGAAUGGUCAGACAGCGGCCAUUAUCACCGGAAAGGACAGCCAAUAUAACUCAGUCUCGGACCUCAAAGGGACAACAUUCGGUAUCUCAAGAUUAGGCAGUGGAUCGCAAGUCAUGGCGUCGGUGCUGGCUAUGAAUGAGGGCUGGACUGAAGCGGAUGUCCCGAAGUUUAAGGUCAAUGGCCAGUUCAAGCCAUUGCGAGACUCGGUGAAUGCCGGCGAAACAUCCGUCUUCCUGUGGGAAUGGUUCACGACCAAGCCGUUUGUCGAUUCGGGGGAGGUCCGGUUUAUCGGAUCGGUCUACACCCCAUGGCCAUCUUGGUCCUUCGCCGCAACUCCUUCCACCUCUUCCUCCCAGAUCUCCCAAUUCCUUAAAUCCUUGCAGCCCUUCGUGACCCGCUUCAACUCCGCCGAGGCCCGAGCGAAAGACGAUAUCGAUUUCGUGGUUGAGAAUUUUGGGCAACAGCGCGCGGAUGUCGAAGAAUGGAUCCAGACGGUUCGGUGGGAGGAGCGAAUGUCCGAGGUAGAUGAGAGCGUGGUGCGGGAGACGUUGAGAGUCUUGACCAAGGCGGGAGUGGUGAAGGAGGGCGAGUGGGAUAUGGACCUGUUUGUUAGAUCAGAUGUAGCCACAUUAGUAUAG